GGGCGGUACAACGAUUGGGACAUCUCCUCCAUGGUACCAAAGCAGUACCAUUGCAAGGUUGAGAAAUGUCAUAACCCUUGAAACUCUUCCGCGCCCCCUCAAAAAAGGUGGUGGAUAUCUCUGGGCUCGGCUAUCAUCGAGUUAGACUGAAAUAGCCAUCUCAUGCACCGGAACGUACCAGCAUUCAACUUCUGCACCUGCGUCUGCGUCUGCCACUGCAAAAUCAUUUCAACAUCAAUAUAGAUCCUGGACGUCCUUCGAUCUUCAAGCGUUCACAUAUACAACAUACACAGCAAUAUUCAGGAACGAUGGAGAAGUUCAAACGGCAUUCCACCUAUGGCAAAGCUACUUGUGAACCCAUCACCCUGUCCAAGAGUAAGAGAGAUGGUAAUUGGCAGUCGGCGGCUCUCAAAAAUUGCUUGCUGGCCGAUGGCUCUAUCCUUCACGAAGAACACUCGAAUAUCUCAACGGGCAACAACAUGGUGACCUGGCCAAGUAUCGCUAACCACGUCACACCACGAUCUGCGAAACCGAUAACAAUCCCAUAUCUCCCCACGGAAAUUAUCAACCACAUUAUAUCUCGGACUGACGACUUAGAAUCGUUGAAGAACUGGGCGCUAGUUAGCUGGGUAUACAAUGACAUUGCCGAACGAAUCCUAUGGUCAAAUGUCACCAUCAAUACCGCCCAAUUUUACGAUCCAUCCUACCCCUCAGAUGGACAGGAUCCUCUUCGAAUCCUACGCCAUGAAAGUCACGAGAGACGAAAUGACACACAUUUACGACCUUCAUGGAUGAGAAUGGGACGGGGAGAGCAUCGAGUGCCUUCAAUCGUCUCGAGGCUAUCGAAGGUCAAGAACUUUGCUCUCAGAACUGUUUGGGAUGUCGACUCGAGAGAUUUGCCCCAAGGGGGUUCGAGAGAAGAUUGGACGAUUCGGGAGGUUUACGGGGACUUGUUUCCUAUGAUGCACAACCUUUAUACCCUUCGAAUCGAUGGUGAAGUUAAUAGAAAAACCUGGGACUUGCUACUCGCAUUACCAUCGCUUCGAGAGUUAAGGAUAUGGCGAACAACGACAGUUGACUCCCAAGCUCUUCUAGACAGGAAUCAUUCAGCAGAAGCGAUUAGUCAACUUUCCCAUAACGAGAAACAAGACUUGGUUGAUAACAUGGUAUUGAAUUUCCGAGGUUUAUCAAGACUAACAACAUUCGAGAUUGGGUUGCUAUCACCCUUGGAGUCAGCAGCUUUAGGUGCUGAGGUCCGGGAAAGCAACCUUGAAGUCCUUCACAUUGCUGUGACUCGUGAUAAUAGAUCCUUUCACAACCAAGGACAAUAUACCUUGGCGAGAUUUUGGGCGAACCUUGUACCCAAUGAGAUUGAUGAAAGUUCACCAUUGAUUCAAAAUUACAACGUUGGCUUCCCCGCCUCCAUGCGUGAGCUGGUUCUCGAAGAUGACGCACACCUUGUUGUUGCUCCUCCAAAGAUAGUCCUACAAUCAUUCCACAGAUGUAGACACAAUUUGACGAGAUUCUACUUCGACUUUUUAGAUGAGACACUACUUUCCUUCGUUCUCAAAAGUUCUUCCGAGAGAGCCCCCCUCUUUCCUCGCCUGACUCAUCUUCAUCUACAAUGGCCCGAGUCUGAGAAACACUCAUUCGAACACCCUCGCACCAUGACCAAAGUUAUGCUCGCCUUUAUCGAAUCACACAAACCCACUCUUCAAAGUUUUCAACUCCUGAAUGCAGCUGAAGAUAACCGACUACUAAAAUAUGAAAAUCCAUUGAAUAAAGCACUUAAAGGAUGGAUGACAAUCAAAGAGGUUCGACUGGACUCAGAACAUACUCCUGAUCACUAUGCAAAUGUGCCCAGAGGACAAGAGUGGACUCGACCUGCAGAUUUUCUGUCCGUUGACGGUGGAGGGUAUUGGGGCGAAGAUCUUCGCCGUGCUAGACUUGAUCGAUUUAACAUCACCAACAUAGAUGUUGGUUUCAAAUCAUACCGCGCAUGGCAUAAUAUCAAAGUGCUGGUACUAAAUCCUAAAUUAUUGUGGAAUUAUGGCCUUCUUCCCGAUCCACACGAUCAAUCUAGUCCUCGACUUAAUUCAUUGGUCCAUGAUCACCUUUUGGGUAUGAAGCAUUUUGCAGAAUCCGAAUGUGAAAACAAAGAAAUUGCAGAGAAAAUUUCUCGAAAGAUGGGACCAAAUCUCCGUGUACUUUCGAUUCGCGACUGCAGAUUUUGGAUUCCAAGUUACGGCAAACCAAUCUGGCAUCUCAGAGAUGCUCUUGCAGAUCCUGAACAAAGUCGACUAAUCAAACAUGUUUUGGAUCAAAGAGACUGGGACUUUUUAUCGGAAAGAGCUACUACUGAUACCCAGGAAGCAGCUAAUACUGCUACAUUCCUUAGAAACGACAUAUAUUCUCCAAGUCAACCAACAGCAGGAUCAAUCCCACGUCCAGUAUCCCGUGCCUCCAUCAUUAGUGACGCUAUCACCGAGCCAGAUCUAGAACACAGUUCAGAAGACGAAGAUGAUGUGAUGAACUCUGAGAGUGAGGACGAAGACGAAGUGAUGAAUUCUGGAAGUGAGGAUGAAGAUGAGGAUGAAGACUAUAGGUCCGUAGUAUCGGAAUUGGACGAUGAGGCAGAGAGCGUACAACCCGAGGCACAACUUGAGGCAAGCCAACUUACACAUCCUCCUGUAGGGUUUACAAUUGAGGAUGCCGCACACAUAGCACAACUUCAUGCGGUAUAUGCGGCACAACCUGAUACAGAGAUGCCUUUAUACACGCACACAGAGGCGCCAAAUCUUGAUGCAGAUAUGGACUUGUUCACUCAUACAGAGAUGCCUUAUUAUAUUCAUUCUCAUCCCGAGUUAUGAUAGGUCGUGCAUUGCUGUUUGGCCGAACAAUUUACAUAAAAAUGAACGACCACGAGGACAUGAAUAUUGGGUGGUAAAUAUCAGCAUUUAUUUGCAUGGGAAUGGGAUUGGGAUUGGGCGCAUUGAUACUCUUUACACAUGGCUGGCUAGGGGGAGGGGGCGCUCGAGAUAAUCAGUAAGGCUUGGGAGUUUCGGUAUACUAUUGGAGUCUUUUUCAGAUUCAUCAGAUACCCAAUCAUUUUCACAUAUUACACGACGGGACUCUGACUUGCUGUCCCUGUCUACAGCGUCAUUUGUAGCUUUGAGCUAACCAGCGGAUACAUUCGCUUCUUGUAUAUAGCUUUUAUUUGCAUCUCCUGGUGUAGAUUUUACAGUUUAGCAGCAUUAAUUUGCAUAUCUAAAAGUUAAUUACUUGUUACA